AAAACCCUAAUUAAACUCAAGAUUUGACAAUAAACUGACUAUCAAAUUCUUAAACCGAUGAUUCGGACUGGUGGACCGUCUUCUAUCGAAUAAAUUGAAACAUACUUUUGAUUCAGUAGUACACGGAAUUCAAUGUAGAAGUAAACAAAUAUGGGAGUGCUGGAUAUAUUCACGAAUAUCCCACGGUUUGUUUCUCUCCGGCUUUUGCAGUGACUAACUUUAUGAGAGCGCUGGAGAUAGGAGACUAUUUCUCACGAGGCCCACUAUGUUUGGUAUUUCCUACGGAGAGCUCUUCCUCUUGAUCGGUGCCACCGCUGCUCUCGUCGGCCCAAAGGAUCUUCCAAUUAUUGCUAGAACUGCGGGAAGGUUAGCGGGUCGAGCAAUCGGGUACGUUCAAUUAGCUCGUGGGCAAUUCGAGAAUGUUAUGCAGCAGUCUCAAGCUCGACAGGUUCACAAAGAACUUCAAGACACAAUGGCACAACUAGAGGCUAUUCGUCAUGAAAUUCGAAGUAUCUCUCUCAUUAAUCCUGGUCCUUUGACUCGAAGGCUGAUGGACAAUCCUGAAAAUCCUGCUCCUAACACAAAUUCUGGCAACAGCCCGACUGAGAAGUGUGAAGAAGAGCAGAAGCCAACAAAUGCUGUGAUGAAGGAUUUUAGUUCCAAAACCUUAGGUUCAGUUGAUUUGCAUAGCCAAGCAACUGCUUAUGCCAGAUUGGUUGAAUCUGAAGCCAUAAAGACUGUUUCAUUGGAGAGCUGUACAGAAAAAGAGAACCUUAAUGAUGAAGCUAGUCUCUUCACCAUCCUCCCAGUUUCAGCUGAAAGCACGGGGAUGCUACCAGAAAGAAAGAGAAGUGCAACAGGAGCAGAUAUUGUUUUGGAAGCAGUAGUUGAAGCAGAGGUAGCACGUAGUGCAAAAGAUUUCUUUUCACAGCCCCAAAAUCAAAUACAGUGAAUAGAUAGGUAGUUGUGCCUUUAGAACUCCUGAUAAAAACUCUAGUGACUGCAUUAUUCAUGUUCCAGAAUUUCCAGUGAAUUAUCUAUAUGAGAAUGUAUAUUUUGUUGUUAAUACUUACAAAGAUGUAUUAUUGGAGACCCUUACUAUGUAAGUUUUGCUAGCUGUCACUGUCCCUAAUGAGAAAGGUGCUUUUACAUUGUA